AUGACGCUCACUUUUCAGGAGGAGGGGCCGCCCAUCUCGACGUCGGGCCCCGGCGUGGUGGUGCGCGCCGAGGAGGCGCUCAUAGUGCUGCUGGUGUUGGUGCUGUGGCUGGCGGCCAUCGCGCUCUUCUUCAACCGCUGGGGCAAGAUCCGCAUGCUGGAGCCCUACCAGCCCAAGUUCCAGCAGCAGCACCGCGUCAGCUGCCCCAUGGUCGACAUCAACGCCGUCCAGCACCGCUCGUUCUCCAAGUUCAACCUGAACUGCCUGGGCGAGGCGGGUUCCGGCGCUCCGCCGCUGCGGCCGCUGCUGCGCCCGCGGCAGAACUCUGUGUUCGUGGGCGGCUCGGGCUACAUGCUGCCGCCUCACCUGGGCCCCCCGCGGAAGGCCAAGUCGGCCGCCGACCUGCAGACGCUGGUG